CCUGUCUCGUGCAUGCUGAGGUGGCUUCCGUCUGCACACUCACUCACACGGACCGCUCUCGCAUACGCUCCCUCGCUCGCGUCGUCGUCGUCGUCCUGGCUGCCUCCCUCCACCAUGUCCGCCCUCAACCCCUCGGCAGACAUCACCCUCACCGAGUUUGAGUCCAAGCUGUUCAAGCUCCUGCUCGAGGUUGUCAAUCAGCGGAGUCCGGAGACCGUCCUGCGCGUCGCUGGCGGCUGGGUCCGUGACAAGCUCCUCUGCAAGGAGUCGCACGAUGUUGACAUUGCCCUCAACAACAUGUCUGGCGUCGCCUUUGCUGAGCUCCUGCAGGAGCACAUGGUCGACGCCGGCAUGCCCACACACUCGAUUGGCAAGAUCAAGGCCAACCCGGAGCAGUCCAAGCACCUUGAGACCGCCACCAUGCCGGUACUGGGCCACUGGGUCGACUUUGUCAACCUCCGCUCCGAGGAGUACGGCGAGUCGCGCAUCGCCAUCUCCAAGCCCGGCACUCCGCAAGAAGAUGCCCUCCGCCGCGACCUCACCAUCAACGCCCUCUUCUAUAACAUCAACACCGGCACCGUUGAGGACUUUACCGGCUGCGGCCUCAACGACCUUGAGAGCGGUGUCAUCCGCACGCCGCUGCCGCCCAAGAAGACUUUCCUCGACGACCCGCUCCGCAUUCUGCGCGCCAUCCGCUUUGCCUCGCGCUUCGGCUACGACCUCGUCGAGCCGGUCGUGGAGGCCAUCCGUGACGACGAAGUCCGCGUUGCGCUUGCGAGCAAGGUCUCGCGCGAGCGCUUUGGCAUCGAGAUCGCCUCCAUGCUCCGUGGCCCGGCCCCGGUCCUCUCGCUCAGCUACCUCACCCACUUUGACCUUGUCCCAAUCUGCUUCAACGUUCCCGACGCGGUCACCGACGACGGCAUCGACACCUUGCCACCGCCGGCCUUGCCGACGCUGCCGCCUUUUACACCCUCGCCGAGUCGGACCGUUCGCCGGGGCUGGUCUCGCUCGUCCCGUCGACCAAGCCCGACGAGCCCGAGAUUAUUGCCGAUGGCGAGACACCGCGCGACGCGCUCCGUAUCAACACCUACCUUGCUGCAUUCCUUCUCCCUCGUGCGCAUGUCUCUGUCCCGGGCAAAAGGGUCGCCUCACCCCGCUGGCCCAGUACCACAUUGUCUCCUCUAUCAAGCGCUCCAACCGCGACGCCGCCCUAGUCGCCACCCUCCACGCCGUUGCGCUUGCCUUCCGUGACGUUCUGACCGGCGCGUCUCCCGACGAUCGCGCUUCCAUCGGCGCCAUCCUCCGCAUGGGCGCCAAGCACCACUGGGACGUUGCCCUCGCCCUCGCCGCCAUCCUCCUCUUGCCCUCGAGCCCGGUCCCGGCCGUGGAGACGACUCCGACCGAGAUCGCCGCCUCGUUCUCCGCCGAUGCCCACCCUGACGUCUACGCCCGCUACUCGGCCAUGUAUGCCCGCGUUCGCGACUUCUUUGGCUCGAACCACCCGUGGGACCUCCGGCCGGCACUCUCCGGCUCCGACAUCAUUGCCGCGCUCAACCUCUCGCGCGGCGGGCCCAUCGUCGGCGAGGUCACCCAGGCCCUCAUCGCCGCCCAGCUUGCUCACCCAGACAGGUCAUCUGACGACUGGCGUGCCUGGGUCGUCGACAACUUUGGCGCCCACGCCGUCUAGCCCCAUCGGUCACCCCCCAGCCGGCCACAUUGCCACGUGAAAUCCGACGCAAACACCUGCCGCCCUC